GUUGCUGCUUGGAUGUCCCUUAUUAGACUCUUCCUCAUGGUAACUUUAAAGCAGCUCUAGAUGUGGGCACAGUGGGUGUUUGCUCCUCUUCAAACUCACCUCCCAGAUUUUAAAAAUAAAGGAAGUCUCUUCGAUCUGUCACACUCUCAAGCAUUUAUAAAAACUGGAUUAUGGAAUUUUCUAGUCUCCAACCCACAAUACAGUGGAUGCAAACACCAGAACCAACACCCAGUUGUCCACCUGGAUUAGAAUAUUUGUCUCAAAUAAAUGAGUUACUAGUGCAUCAACGUUUUGAUCUUUUGAAAGACCUCAGUUAUUUUGAAAAUAAUAAAAUAUAUGAAGUCAUGAACAAUCAAAGACAGAGAAUUUAUUUUGCAGAAGAGAAAUGUAAUUGCUUCCUCAGACAAUUUUGUGGAUCUUCAAGGCCUUUUACCAUGACGAUUUAUGAUGCCACAGGCCGAGAUGUCAUUACGAUGCAUAAAGCUUUCAGUUGUGGUUGUUGUUGGAAUAACUACUUCCUACAAAAGCUAAAAAUUGAGGCUCCUCCUGGUGAAACAAUUGGAUAUAUAUAUCAAUGCUUUCACCCAUUUUGGCCAAUGUUUAAAAUAAAAAAUGAGAAAAAGGAGGAUGUAAUGAAAAUCAAAGGGCCAUGUGUAAUUUCUAGCUGUCUCAAGGAUCUAAAUUUUAAUGUGCUGACAAUGGAUGAAGAAAGAAUUAUUGGAAACAUUUCAAAUGCAGAUAAAUUUGGGAUCCAGUUUCCAUUUGAUCUUGAUGUUAAAAUAAAAGCAUUAAUGCUUGGAGCAAGUUUCCUCAUUGACUACAUGUAUUUUGAACUAUGGCCUUGAGAAUCAGCCUAAAAGAGUAUGUCACAGAUUAUAUUGGCAUUCUGUUUUGCCAAUCCUCA